AUGGCUGUAAAAGUAGAUACAGGAGAGGUGGAAUUGCGAGUCGUCUCUGCUUAUGCGCCACAGAUGGGCUGUAGUGAAGAAGAGAAGGCGUGCUUUUGGGAAGAUCUGGAGCAGUACGUCCAAUCCCUGGAAAGCGAAGAAGUACUUUUAAUCGGAGGAGACUUCAACGGACAUGUCGGUUCCCGGAAAGACGGAUUCGAGAGUUGUCAUGGUGGAUACGGCUAUGGAGCUCGUAACGACGACGGGUUGCGAAUCCUGGAGUAUGCUGUUGCAAGUGACUUGAUCAUUGCUAACACGCAGUAUCGGAAAAGAAAAUCGCAUUUGAUCACGUACACCAGCGGCGGUCGUGAAACACAAAUAGAUUUCUGGAUGUUACGCCGACGAGAUCGCCGACUUCUGCAGGAUUCAAAAGUCAUCCCUACAGACCAUGUCGCUGCCCAACACCAUCUGCUCGUUAUGGACUUGAAAAUCUCCCGUCCAAGGAAGAGACAUCCAAGAACUGAAACACAGCGCAUCAAAUGGUGGAAUCUGAAGGAUCGUAAGGAGGCGGCAAUUCGUGAGAAGAAGUCCAAGUAUAAGCUCUGGUGGAGGACGCGUCAGCCUGAAGAUCGGGGUGCUUACCUAGCGGCGAAGAAGGAGGCUAAGAAGGCAGUCUCCAAGGCGAAGUCGGACCGCUACAAGGCUGUGUACGACAUGCUUGAUACCAGAGAAGGCGAGCGGGCAGUGUAUCGUUUAGUCAGAGCACGUCAUCGCUCAACGUUGGAUAUGGAGCACACCAAGAUCGUUAAGGGAGCUGAUGGAACCGUUCUGCGCCGCUCUGGUCAGAUCCUGGAGAGGUGGCGAGAGUACUACAAUCACUUGUGUAACGAAGAGUUCUGUCAUCCUCCCAUCCCAACCGUUCCCAGCAUCGAGGGUCCUGUUCUACCAAUUACUGCCGUCGAAGUCAGUGCUGCCCUCGCAAAAAUGAAGUCGAACAAGGCAACCGGUCCUGAUGACAUACCUGUUGAUAUCUGGAAGCUGCUAGGAGAUCGAGGGUCCAUGUGGCUCGCAACUCUAUUUAACAAGAUCGUUGCAGAAGGACGGACUCCAGACGUUUGGCAAACUUCCGUGACCGUGCCUGUCUGGAAAGGGAAAGGAGACAUUGCUGACUGCACCUCGUACAGGCCUAUACGACUGCUCUGCCAUACGAUGAAGAUUUUUGAGCGUGUCCUGGAAGCUCUUCUGAGGAAAAUUGUUAGCGUUUCACUCAACCAGUGCGGUUUUGUGAAGGACUGCAGCACUAUAGAUGCUAUCCAUGCUGUCCGAAUCCUCCUGGAGAAACAUCGAGGGAAGAAACGUCGAGAGAAGAACCGCAGUGUGCAUCUUGCUUUUCUCGAUCUCGAGAAAGCUUUCGACCGUGUCCCACAUGAGCUGUUAUGGAUGUCCAUGAGGUCGCAUAGAGUACCAGAAGAAUAUGUGCGAAUUGACUAUUGGGAGAUGUCGCCUGAACAAGUAAUAGUUAAGAGCGAGCAACUUGGACAUGGCGCGUACGGACAAGUGUACAAAGGAAAACUUGUUGGUCCUUCACCGGGUAUCCUUCGUUACUACAAAAGCGAGAUAGCGCAGUUCACAGACUGUGAUUGUGCAGUAAAAAUGUUGCCAAAGUAUGCGUCCGACAGCGCAAGAGCGGAAUUCAUGCAUGAAAUCGAAUUGAUGAAAACUCUUGGCUGUCACGACAACAUCGUUUGCAUGCUUGGUUGUAUCACAGCUGCUAACAAGUCAUGUCUAGUGAUUGAGUACUGUGCUAGUCGUGAUCUCCUACGGUAUCUAAAAUUGAGAAAAACUGACUUAGAAAUUAAUAAAUCGAUCGACGAGCAAAUCGAGUGCACGAAAGAAUUCUUGAAUUUUGCUUGGCAAAUAGCACAAGGCAUGAGCUACCUGGGACAGAAGAAUAUCAUUCAUCGAGACUUGGCUGCACGAAAUAUUCUUAUAUCUGGAAUGGGCGGAAUGAAAAACGCAAAGAUAAACGAUUUUGGACUCUCUUUGUCUCUGGAUUGUUCUUCUCAAUUACCAGCACGUGGUCGUCUCCCGAUAAAAUGGUUGGCUCUCGAGUGUUUGCAACGUGAAUUGUUCUCAAUGAAAAGCGAUGUUUGGUCCUACGGUAUAGUUCUGUUCGAAAUGUACUCCAUGGGUGGAAGACCAUUUGAGGAUAUUGAGCCACUGAAUCUGAUCGCUCAUCUAGAAGCAGGCAAUAGACCGAAAAGGCCGCUGCUUGCCACUGACAAGAUUGCAGAAGUGAUGACCAAAUGUUGGGACAAAGUACCCGGAAAACGGCCGAGUUUUGAGGAGCUGCUGGUUGUAUUUGCCUCCUUACUGGAACAAUCAACGGAAGGAUAUGGCUAUCUGGCGUUGAUGAAAACCGCUGAGAUUUACAUGGCUCUCGCUGAAGUCAAUCCUCCCUCCAAGCUAGAGGUGGCUGACAGCAGCUGUCAUUUUCGCCGUUCAAUCUCCGACCAAGCUGAUGAGGACAACACACCACUUGCAAGGAAACGGGCAAUUACUUAUACCACACCUGCUUCAUCGAUUGACUCGACCGGUGAUACACCAGAUUGCGAUGACGAAGACGCCGAGGAAAACGGAUCUGCAGAGGAGGCUGCCUACAAUUGUUAUGCCCUGUCCACUUCGCACCCGUGCGAAACUGACACAGUAUCGCCGGAGACUUUUGACGUCACAUAUGUUGCUUGGUGCAGACUGCACACAUUGCGCAAACUCUUAGGAGACAUACCAAAAUAA